AUGCUAUCGUUGCCUCCGCACUCCUUAGCAACGCAAUGGCUGCGAGGAAGGGCCAACAGGUUGGUUCGUACCUCUUACACCCCCGUCUUUUGGGUUCCAGAUCCAGUGGCUGAUAUAGCUCCCCCACUUCCAAUGAACAGACCAUCGGUAUCCCAUAAUCAAGCGGCCUCGACGCAACAUGAGCAGAACACGGUUGUUGGUGCCUCAUACUCGCACGCUGACAUACUAAAAGGGAUCUCGCAGCAGCAUGCGCGCCCGCGGACACCGCCUCGGUCAUCCUCUGCCAAUAUCCAACACACGUCGCUUUCACCCCUACGGUCGGGCGGGUGGUCUACGUCCCCUCAUACUACAUCCUACUCUGACAUAAUGAAUGGCGGGAUCGAUUCCUGGGGCCCCGACCGAUUGGGAGAAGAUUACGAAGAUGAAGAGGGGGAGGAAGACAUUGUCUAUGAUGACGAUGAGGACGAGUUUGGUCUCCCUAGUAUUACCAGCAUGCGUAAGAAACAGUCGCAGCGAGCUGGCACUUCCCAGCUCAAGCCUGCUGACCCAGGUGGGGGGCUUGCUAGUACCGCCUCAUCACUCGGGGUUGGUUUGGGAACCAAUCGGCAACGGGCCAAUAGUUCGGACAUCGCUGAAGAGCGCGGCGUCCCUAUGUAUCCUACUGCUGGAACUGGGGAGGGUAAGAUACUGCGACCUCAGUAUAAAGAAAUCCUGAAAGACCCCGCCAACGCCUUGAACCUCAUAAACCACGCGCCUCCCCCCAAAAAUGCAUCGCCCAAAGAGCUGGAUAUGUACAACAGCCGCAUUUCGAGAAUAAACAAGUUCAAACGUCUUCUCCAGACAAGCACCGUUUCCUUGUCAGACCUGAGGAAUCUGGCCUGGUCAGGGGUCCCCGAUGAAGUUCGCGCGAUGACCUGGCAACUGCUCCUUGGAUACCUCCCCACGAAUAGUGAAAGGCGCAUUCCUACCCUCGAAAGAAAGCGUAAGGAAUAUUUGGACGGGGUUCGACAAGCCUUCGAACGCGGGAGUGCGGCUGGUUCUGGAAAUCCGCCUUCGUCGGGCGCUGGGCGUGGCAGGGGCCUGGACGAGGCAAUAUGGCAUCAAAUCAGCAUUGAUGUUCCUCGGACUAGCCCUCAUAUUCAACUUUACAGCUACGAAGCUACUCAACGAUCGUUGGAAAAGAUCCUCUAUGUUUGGGCUAUCCGACACCCGGCGAGCGGAUACGUGCAAGGUAUCAAUGACCUCGUCACACCGUUCUGGCAGGUCUUUUUGGGCACGUACGUAACUGAUCUUAAUGUUGAGAGGGGCAUGGAUCCUGGCCAGUUGCCCAGGAGUGUGCUGGAUGCCGUGGAGGCAGAUACGUUCUGGUGUCUUACCAAAUUACUUGAUGGUAUUCAGGACAAUUAUAUCUAUGCUCAACCGGGUAUUCACCGACAAGUUAGGGCACUGCGUGAUUUGACGAUGCGCAUUGAUUCUACGCUGGCCAAGCACUUGGAGCAGGAGGGAGUAGAGUUCAUGCAGUUCAGUUUCCGGUGGAUGAACUGUCUUCUCAUGCGUGAGAUGAGUGUACAAAAUACUAUACGGAUGUGGGACACGUAUAUGGCAGAGGAGCAGGGUUUCUCGAGGUUUCACCUAUACGUUUGUGCAGCCUUCCUUGUGAAAUGGUCAGACCAGCUGGUGAAGAUGGAUUUCCAGGAGAUAAUGAUGUUUCUGCAAGCACUUCCCACAAAGGAUUGGACGGAUAAAGAUGUGGAACUCUUGCUGAGCGAAGCAUUCAUCUGGCAAAGUCUCUUCCAGGACUCUAGGGCUCAUCUUCGUCCGGCUGGAGAACGAACUCCAGAGGAUGACCUGCAGUGACGACAGUCAUGAGUCAUUAAUAAUAUCACCUGUUUCAUUAGUAUAUG